AUGAAGGAGAGCAAGGGCGGCAAGACAUUGAAGCCCGAGAUCGGCUAUUCGAUUAUAUUCUUCUUCCGGGAGGUUGUCGAGCUUGAACUUGUUGACCGAGGCCACAAUCUCGACGAGGAGGCGGCCAAGGAUAUAGCACAGAAGCAGCUGGAUUAUGAGCGGCGAGUCCAUCAAGAGUACUCGGACUACCCAGAGCAUGACGCCGCCCAGUUCGCGUGCGGGCCUCGAGACACAGAAAGACUAAGUUUCGUUCUCUGGCGCAGGGUCUUACGUUCGGCGCUGCGAAACUCACCAAGGGAAGAAACAGAACUUUACUCAUCCUGA